AUGUCUAAUCCAGCAUCUUACGACACCGAAAAGAUGAAGUCCCCAGCCAUCGCCGACACCGAUGUCGAGCUCCGUCCUAUGGAGUCUGUACGUGGAGGGGUGCUAGGUCCUGAGGGACAACAACACGGCUCGACCCAACGUGGCCUCAAGUCUCGACAUGCACAAAUGAUCGCCUUGGGGGGCACAAUCGGAACUGGCCUCUUCGUUGGCGUCGGCCAGGGCCUGAAUAUGGGCGGGCCCCUGUUCCUCCUCAUCUCCUACAUCAGCAUCACACUUCUGCUCUACGGAGUGGCAACGGCCACCGGCGAAAUGAGUGCCUACCUUCCAGUCCCCGGCUCUUCAAUUGCCUACUACGGCCAACGAUUUUUCUCGCGCAGUCUUGGAUUUACGCUGGGUUGGGUAUACUGGUAUAUCUUCUCCAUCACGGUUCCAGCCGAGAUCACUGCGACCUACAUUGUCAUCAACUAUUGGUCGCCGCCUCUACACAUUGCGUUUUGGCUGACGCUCAUCGGCGCCGUCAUGAUUGCCCUCAAUUGCUUCCCCGUCAAAGUCUACGGGGAAGCUGAGUUCUGGUUCGCCAGCAUGAAAGUCUUUGGUAUUAUCGGGCUGCUCAUCCUCUCCCUUGUACUCUUCUUUGGCGGCGGGCCCUCGCACCAACCCCUUUGGUUUUCGAACUGGUCUAAUCCAGGGCCGGUCAAAGAAUACAUCGUGACGGGAGAUUCUGGGCGUCUGGUGGCAUUUGUCUCGACCAUUACCUUCUCCGUAUUUGCGUUCGCGUUUGCGCCGGAACUUCUUGUCGUCACCGGCGGAGAGAUGGAAAGCCCUCGCCGUAAUAUUCCUACUGCGACCCGUCGAUACUUCUAUCGCCUCAUCACAUUCUACAUUCUUGGUGCUCUGGCUGUGGGGAUCAUUGUCAGCAGCAACAAUACCAACCUCCUCAGCGGUGGCAAAGGUGCUGGUGCUUCUCCUUGGGCUAUUGGCAUCAGGGAGACAGGUAUCAAGGGCCUAGACAGCGUGGUGAACGUCGUGAUCGUGCUGAGUGCUUGGUCUGCAGGCAACUCCUAUCUGUACCUUGCUAGCCGCGCACUCUACUCGAUGGCCCUUGCAGGCAACGCGCCAAAGAUCUUCACCCGCUGUACGAAGUCAGGUGUCCCAUACUACGCCACGGCAGCCAGUGCCGCAUUCUCAUUAUUGGCGUAUCUCAACGUUGCUUCGACUGGUGCGACCGUGUUCAACUGGUUCGUCAACUUGAUCAAUACAGGUGCUUAUCAAAGUUGGAUUUGCUGCUGCAUUAUCUACUUUAGAUAUCGCAAGGCAUCAGAUGCACAAGGCAUUACAGACAUCCCCUUUCGUUCCCGCUUCCAGCCCUACUCAAGCAUGUUCAGCUUGUUCGGCUUCAGUCUACUGCUUUUAAUCAAUGGUUUCAAGGUAUUCCUCGCAGGACAGUGGAACACCUCUUCCUUCUUUACGUCGUACAUCGGGGUGGUAAUCUUCUUACUGCUUUUCUUCGGGCACAAGUUCACUGUGGGACGACAAGAUCCCUGGGUACUUAAUCCGAUGGAUGUCGACCUGAAGUCUGGCUUAGACGAGAUCUUCGCUGCAGAACAGCCUGCACCGGUAAGAACCAAGUGGUAUCAAAAGUGGAGGGUUUUGUUUGAGUAA